AUGAUAGAUGCUGCUACCAGUGCUAACCGGUUUGAAGCAGCAAGCAACACCAAACAACAACUGGAGAAAUGGAGUUUAAUUGAAGAUAUCAUAUAUAAUCAGAAAUCCAUAGUUCAAUGGCUCAAGCUAGGGGAUGCAAAUACAACUUAUUUCUAUGCUAGUAUGAAAGGUAGAAAAACACAAAAUCAGAUUAGAACUCUAUCAACAAAAGGAGGGACUAUACUGAAGAGUGAAGACUCUAUAGAAGCUGAAAUUGUGAGGUACUACAAGAGAUUACUAGGCUCCAGUACCCAGGCACUUCCUGCUAUCAAUCCUGGAGUUAUGCAAGAGGGAUCAGUGCUAAGUAGAAGUCUACAAUUGCAGCUCAUAGCACCAUUUACUAGAGAAGAUGUAGCUCAAGCCUUGAAGGGGGUAGAUGAUUCAAAAGCCCUGGGUGGAGAUGGUUUUAAUUCCUGCUUCUUUAAGAAAUCUGGGCAUGUGCUUGGUGAUGAAGUAACAGAUGCAGUACUUCAGUUCUUUGAUACUGGUGCAAUCUACUUCCAACAAUUCUCAUCCGCAUCAGGGUUGAUAGCUAAUCAAAGCAAAAGUUGUAUCUAUUUUGGAGGAGUUCCAGAGGGAGUUCAACAGGAUAUUAUGAGACUCUUGGAUUUAGCAGGGGAACUUUACCAUUCAGAUAUCUUGGGGUACCAAUGA